GGUGCCCUGUGCGAGACGGACAUAAAUGAAUGCAGUAGCAACCCCUGCCAAUUUGGAGGGCAAUGCGCCGAGCUGUCCUCGCAGGAUCUGUACGGACACACUGCUGGCUUGCCUCCCUCCUUCAGCCACCGUGGAGCCUCAGGCUACGUUUGUGUCUGUCAGCCCGGAUUCACAGGGAUCCACUGUGAAGAAGACAUUGAUGAAUGCUUACCAAACCCUUGCCAGAACGGUGGUACUUGUGAGAACCUGCCUGGGGACUAUACCUGUCACUGCCCCUUUGAUGACAUUUCUCAGACGUUUUAUGGAGGAGAGGACUGCUCUGAAGUUCUCCUGGGAUGCACUGAUCACCAGUGUCUGAAUAACGGAACAUGUGUCCCUUACUUCCAGAAUGGCCGGCAUGGGUUCAGCUGCCAGUGCCCUUCUGGCUAUGCUGGGCCACUGUGUGAAACUGUCACUACACUUUCUUUUGAGAGCAAUGGCUUCCUAUGGGUCACAAGUGACUCACAUACAGCCAAAGGUUCAGAAUGUACCAUGUCCUUGAGGUUUCAGACUGUUCAGCCAAACACACUUCUCCUUUUCCGAGGCAACAGCAAUGUGUCUAUGAAGCUGGAGUUGCUAAAUGGCUGCGUUCACCUAUCAGUCGAAGUCUGGAAGCAGCCAAAGGUGCUCCUCCAUAUUUCCCACAACACCAGUGAUGGAGAAUGGCAUUUGGUGGAAGUGACAUUUGCAGAAACUGUAACCCUUGGCCUGACUGUCAGCUCCUGCGAGGGGAAAUGCACCACUAAGUCUUCUUUUCCAGUUGAGAAUCAUCGAUCAAUAUGUGCUCUUCAGAACUCUUUUUUGGGUGGCCUACCUACGGGAACAGCCAGCAAUGGUGUGUCUGUGCUUAACGUCUCUAACGUGCCGUCAGCACCUUCCUUUGUAGGCUGUCUCCAAGAUAUUAAAUUUGAUUUGAAUCCCGUCACUCUGGAGAACAUUCCAUCUGGCUUAUCACAAAAUGUCAAAGCAGGCUGCGUGAGACGGGACUGGUGUGAAAGUCAACCUUGUCAAAACAGAGGACGCUGCAUCAACUUGUGGCAGGGCUAUCAGUGUGAAUGUGACAGGCCCUAUACAGGCUCCAACUGCCUGAAAGAGUAUGUAGCAGGCAGAUUUGGCCAGGAUGACUCCCCCGGAUAUGCCGUCUUUAACCUUAAUGAUAAUUAUGGACAGAACUUCAGCCUCUCCAUGUUUGUCCGAACACGUCACCCACUGGGACUACUUCUGGCAUUGGAAAAUGUCACUGACCAGUAUGUCCACGUCUGGCUAGAGCGUGGCAACCUGGCACUGCAGACUCCAGGCUCCCAGAAGUUACUCGUAAAUUUUUUUGUUAGUGAUGGAAAUGCCCACUUAAUAUCUUUGAAAAUCAAACCAAAUGAAAUCGAACUUUAUCAGUCUUCACAGAGCCUAGGAUUAAUUUCUGUUCCUGCAUGGACAAUUCAAAGAGGAGAUCUCCUCUUCAUCGGUGGCCUGCCUGACAGAAAACAGACUGAAGUAUAUGGUGGCUCCUUCAAAGGCUGUAUUCAAGAUGUAAGAUUAAAUAACCAAAAUCUGGAAUUCUUUCCCAAUUCAACAAACCAGGCAUACCAUGAUCCUGUUGUUGUCAAUGUGACUCAAGGCUGUCCUGGAGACAACGCCUGCAAGUCCAACCCCUGUCAUAAUGGAGGUGUCUGCCAUUCCCUGUGGGAUGACUUCUCCUGUUCCUGCCCUACAAACACGGCAGGGAAAGCCUGCGAGGAAGUUCAGUGGUGUCAGCUCCGCCCAUGUCCUCCCAGUGCACGCUGCCAGCUGGUCCCUCGAGGGUUUGAAUGUAUUGCAAAUGCUGUUUUCAGUGAAUUAACGAGAGAAAUAAUGUUCAGAAGCAAUGGGAAUAUUACCAGAGAACUCACCAAUAUCACAUUUGGUUUCAGAACACAUGAUACAAAUGUGAUGAUACUGCAUGCAGAAAAAGAGCCCGAGUUUCUGAAUAUUAGCAUUCAAGACUCCAGAUUACUCUUUCAGCUGAAAAGCGGCAGCAGCUUUGACAUUCUGCAUCUGAUGAGUUUGCAAUUGGUGAACGAUGGCACAUGGCACCAAGUGACUUUUUCCAUGACAGACCCGCUGGCCCAGGCCUCCCAGUGGCAAAUGGAGGUGGACAACCAGAUACCUUUUGUGAUCAGUGCAGUUGCCACUGGAAGCCUGAACUUUCUGAAGGACAAUACGGACAUCUAUGUGGGUGGUCGAGCUAUUGAUAAUACAAUAGGCCUGCGGGGCUGUCUGAGCACAAUAGAAAUUGGAGGAAUAUAUCUCUCUUACUUUGAAAAUCUUCGUGGUUUCACUAGCAAGCCUCAGGAAGAGCAGUUUCUCAAAGUUUCUACAAAUGCAGUACUUACUGGCUGCUUGCCAUUAAAUGCCUGCCACUCCAGCCCCUGUUUGCAUGGAGGAAACUGUGAAGACAGCUACGGCUCUUAUCAGUGUGCCUGUCUCUUGGGAUGGUCAGGGACACACUGUGAAAUCAACAUCGAUGAGUGCUUUUCUAGCCCCUGUCUCCAUGGCAACUGCUCUGAUGGAGUGGCAGCCUACCACUGCAGGUGUGAGCCUGGGUACACUGGUGUGAACUGUGAAGUGGACGUCGACCCUUGCAAGAGUCACCAGUGUGCAAAUGGGGCCACCUGCGUCGGUGGGGCUCAGGGCUAUUCUUGCCUCUGUGCUGGAAAUUUCACAGGGAGAUUUUGCAGACACAGGAGAUUACCCUCAACAGUCUGUGGGAAUGAGGAGACAAACCUCACUUGCUACAAUGGAGGCAACUGCACCGAGUUCCAGGAGGGCUGGGAAUGUCUGUGCCAGCCAGGUUUCACCGGAAAGUGGUGUGAAGAGGACAUCAAUGAGUGUGCCUCUGAUCCCUGCAUCCACGGAGGCCUGUGCAGGGACUUGGUCAACAGAUUCCAGUGCAUCUGUGAUGUGACCUUUGCAGGCGAGCGCUGCGAGCUGGAUGUAAGCGGCCUUUCUUUUUAUGUGUCCCUCUUACUGUGGCAAAAUCUCUUUCAGCUCCUGUCCUACCUCGUUCUGCGCAUGAAUGAUGAGCCAGUUGUAGAGUGGGGAGCACAGGAAAAUUAUUAACGCACAUGUGAGCAUUCCUGAGUGUAAAACACUGAUUUGCAAGAAACGCGCUAUCUCAAUGUAGGUCUCCAGGAGAGUCAAAGGGAAAAUGGGGGAAUAGAGUGCAUGUAGAGGCAGUGGGUUCUCAGCUUCCUUAACGCCACGAUUCUUUAAUAGAAUCCCUUAUGUUGCGGUGACUCCAAACAUAAAAUUAUUUCACUGCUACUUCAUAACUACUUUUUCUACUGGUACGAAUCAUAAUGUAAUUUGAUUAAUCAUAAUGUGUUUUCGGAUGGUCUUAAGUGGCGUCUGUGAAGGGGUCAUUUGACGCUCAGAGGGUUGCGACCCACAGGUUGAGAACUGCUGAUCUAGAGGCUUGAAGAUUUAUUCAAGUCUCUUUAAGCGCACCACAAGUAGUUUGGAUCUAUAUAAGACGUUUUCCUUGUCUACUUUUUUGAAUGAAAAGAAUGGUCUUAAUACAGGGAAAAAUAUCUCAUUACACAGUGCUCUGAGUCCUGAGGCACUGCCAUCCUCAACGCUACCGUGGUGAAUGGUGUUUAAUACCAUCAGAGAAUUUUUCCUCUCUAUACACUUUUGCAUGUUCCUAGUUUCCUGUUAACGGUUUACCCCUUUCACUGUGAUUCUAAUUUGGUGUAUGUUCUUCAUUCUCAUCAGUUAUAUGUAACUUGGAAAUAUCUAUGAAAUUUUGCAUUGCCUUGUGUGCCUCUCUGCAAAGCUAUUCAAAUGAACAGCUUUUCUUCAUGAAGAAGAGGCAAGUUUAUCCCCAGUAAUGUGAGAGAAAGAUGAUCUAGGGUCAGGGCUCACAUUAUCCUUCACCAGCAUCGUUUCUGAUUUCAGAGGCCGUUCUUUCAACCAGAAAAAUAUUAGAUAGCCUUUUUCUAUUUCUUUCUCUUAUUUUCCCCUUUCCCGUUACAAUUGGAAACUUUCUGUUACUACUGAUACAUUUGUGGGGGUUUUGACUUUUUCAUCAAGUCUGCCUAAAUGUCUUUUGGUGGGAAAGUAUCACUACAAAAGAGUUUUUGUUAGUGUUCAUGGAGGGGAAAGUACUUCGACCUUUGAAUGAAUUCUGCAAGAUGCCCUUCUGUGAGUGAGUCUUCAGGAGCCGCUCUGGAUUGAAAUCCCAAGGGUAACCUUUCCUUUGCAUGUUAUCAGUGCUCACUGAGUCAUGACUGUUUUAAGGAAGUGCUUAUGCUGUGGAAAUGACCAAGGUCAGUCUAAAUAUGCCAGUCAGACAAAGGACAAGAUAGUGUACUAUGAAAGUUUAAAAAAAAAAACUGCAUCUAUUUUUAUUCCUCGGUAGUUAUAAAUUUUCUUAGCUGCCCUCACCCUGUGGCAGUCAAUGCACAGUAGCAGCAGUGCUGAUGUCUUGCCUUCAUUCGCAUCAUUUUCCACACAUCUAAAUAUUUGUGUCGGUACCAUCACUUCAGAUAGCCUCUUGUAAAGUGAGGCUGCUGUGGCCAGAAAGUUAGGGAAAACUUUUCAAAAGAUUUUUGCACUCCUAAGUAUGUCCAGUAAGUAGAUUAUAGUCAGAGACCAUAUGUAGAGUUUCACGUUCACUCCCUUCGACACAUACCUUUAACUGUGUGCUUACAGACCAUUCUCAGUGUGAUAAACUCUCCACGUAUUAUACUUAAGGAGUUCUAAUGCUUCUGUUGUCACUGUAAUCGUCAAUUGCUUUCCUAUUUUCCAACUGUCUUAUUAUCAUUUGUUAACUUUUUGCUAAAUAUUUUCU